UAGUACUAAAUAUUAGUAUCGGGACAACCCUAAUAGGAGGUGAGGUGGAAAGGACCAAACUUUGUCUUUCAUCAUUCAUUUUACAAUUAUUACUAGAACUUGGCAACAUGGCUGAAUCGGCCGAUUAUACGUUUUUUUUAUGACCUAUCAGAAAUAAGGACCAGGAGAAAAAAAAUACAUAAAAUGUAAACAUUUUUUAUUUCAAAUGUAACCUUCCUCUGAUUAUAACCCUCUCAGCUCUCAAGGCAGAAAGAAGAGGAAAUGUCAACACAAGCUUGGACAACAAAACUCUAAAAUCAUAUUGAAGACUUAAUAAACUCUUAAAAUGAAGGUGCAGAAAUAAGUAAAAUGUGAGAAAUGCUUAACAAAGUGGAACAAAAUAGUGCAAAGUGUGAAAAUGUAAACAAAGAAACAUGAGAAGAACUAUUUUCUGCAGGUUUAGUGCCAGGAAGUUACAGCUGUGCUCUACAGGGUAAGCGCGGCUGAGGUGGUGUGGUAUUGCCGGUCUUGGUGGGUACGAGCGCCUUGCAUCAUUUAUAGACCGCAUUGGAUUGACUACGUUUUGAAUAACUGCAAAAAACUGCCAUACUGUCGAGGUUUCUUUUUCUGUUUUAUCCACAAUUUCUUCAUUUUUACUUUCUCUUCUCACUCCAUGCAAAGAAUCAACUGCGAGACGACAAGAUGGCGCAAGCAAACCUGAUAGUUGACACUGUUACCUGAUUGGCUGUUCAGUGAUCACUUCCUGAGUGCCUUUGUUCAUGCCACCAACCUUGCUUCACAACUUCCGCUUUCCCCCGACAAAGAAGAAAAAAAAAUAAUCAAAUGUUUUAUUGAACAUUUUUUAAGAAUUAUUUCAACUACGUGCUAUCGCGAUAUACUGUAUAUUGAUAUCGACCCUUAUUAUCUUUUACUCUUAUGACAAAAAUGUGUUUUUUUUGUAAGCUAACUCUUUUACUCCUGAAAGGGAGUAAAAGAGGUGACAAUAUAUCAAAACAUGCACCCUGCUGGUGACAAAUACACCACAUAUUGAGGCUGGUAUUAAACCCCAAAGUUUGACCCCAAUGCACUCAACAAAACAGGCACUGCAACUUUGAGGUGUUUAGCUGAAUCGCCACAUAGCUGAAGGGCUUUAACAAGCAUGUGUAUGUCAAAUGGAAGCAAGAUUGGUUGACAGACAUGAAUACCACCAAACAAAAUGUCUUUGCAGGAACACGGUUGGAGACUCACUCACCAUUUGUCUAAUGAUUAUGACAUUUUGAGGAUAACCAUAUUUCAUAUCGGUCGGGGACACCACAAAUGGCAUUUAAAUCAUGUGAACAAUUUAAGCCAUUGGGAUUGAAGUUGUUUGUGUGCUGUGAUCAGGAACUAGCCAGAGCCAAGGAUCCACCUGUUGUGUCUAUUGGGCUGCAACGAUUAAUCGAAUAAAUCAAUUAAUUUAUUUGAAAAAAGCUACGAUUUAUAUUCUGUUUUUUUAAAUUAUUGAGUGUAAUGAUGGUAAAACAAGUUGAAGUAAAGGUAAAAGAAGGUGAGCAAAGGUAAAAGAAUGUGAAAAAAGGGAAAUGAAAGGUAAAAAGGUAAAUAAAAGGUAGAAUAAGUAAAUGGUAGAAGAAGGUUAAAAAGUAAAGAAAGGGUAAAUAAAAGGUAAAUAGAAAAAAAAUAAGGUAAAGGUUUGAAAUAAAAGGUAAGGGAAGGUAAAUAGAAUGUAAAUAAAAGGUAAAAAAAGGAAUAUAAAAGGUAAAAUAAGUUAAAUAGAAAGUAAAUAAAAGGUAGAAAAAAAGAAUAUCGAAGGUAAAAUAAGUUAAACAGAAUGUAAAUAAAAGGUAAAUAGAAGGUAAAUUAAAGGUAAUAGGAAGUAAAAUAAGGGGUAAAAAUGGUUAGUAUAAGGGAAAUGGAAUUUAAACAGUUAAAUAGGUAAAAGAAUGAACAUAAAAGGUAAAAGAAGGUGAAUGGAAGGUUAAAUAAGGUAAAUGGAGGAUAAAUUAAAAGUAAAAGAAGGUAAAUAAAAGGUAAAAAGGGGUAACAGACGGUAAAUAAAAGGUAAAAGAAGUUAAAUAGAAGGUUAACAAAAAUGUAAAAGAAGUUAAAUAGAAGGUAAAUAAAGGUAAAAUAAGUUAAAUAGAAGGUAAAUAAAAAUGUAAAAGAAGUUACAUAGAAGGUAACUAAGCGGUAAGAAGUUACAUAGAAGGUAAAUUAAGGUGAAAUAAGUUAAAUAGAAGGUAAAUAAAGGUGAACUAAGUUAAAUAGAAGAUAAAUAAAGGUAAAUAAGUUAAAUAGAAGGUAAAUAAAAGGUCAAAUAAAGAAUAUAGAAGGUAAACACAAAUGAAACAAAGUAAAAUAUGGUCAUAGAAGGUACAUUGAAGGUAAAAAAUAGGUUAAAAAAGUUAAAUAGACUGCAAAAGAAGGAAAAUGGGUAAAAGAGGGUAAAUAAAAGGUACAAAAAAUAAAUAUAGAAGGUAAAACAAGGUAAACGACAGUCAAAGAAGGUAAUAGGAAGUCAAUAGAGGAUAAUGAAAAUUAGGGCAAGUAAAACAUUUUUUGUUUAUUUUUAACUAUUGCCCCUAAAAUACUCAUUGAGGCAUUGUGUUGUUUUAUCCGAUUAAUCGAACAACCUAAUUGAUAGAUUACUCAAUUACUAAAAUAAUUGAUAGCUGCAGUCCUAGUUGAGUCACAUGAUCUCCCAAACAGAUGAAUGGCUUUUUUUCUGUAUCUUCAAAAUAUGUCCAUUUGUUUCAGUUCUACCCAUCUCAAGUUCACGAAAGGUGACAAAAGUUUUGUCUGCAGGCUCUGCAGUGUGGCAGCUCAUUGCCUCCUUCCUCCGACUGCCCAUCUCCGGAACUCACUGCAUUGUGGGCGCCACCAUCGGCUUCUCCAUGGUGGCCAUUGGCACCAAGGGCGUCCAAUGGAUGCAGCUGGUUAAGAUCGUGUCGUCUUGGUUCAUCUCCCCCUUGCUGUCUGGACUCAUGUCUGGAAUCCUCUUCAUUCUCAUCAGGAACACCAUCCUCAAUAAGGAAGACUCUGUUCCCAAUGGCCUGCGAGCGCUGCCCCUCUUCUACGCUACCACCAUUGGGAUCAACACCUUCUCCAUCAUGUACACCGGAGCACCAUUGCUCGGGAUAGAGAUGCUACCGAUAUGGGCCAUCUUUCUCAUCACCUUGGCCGGGUCGCUGGUGUGCGCGGCUCUGGUCUGGUUCUUCGUCUGUCCAUGGAUGAAAAGGAAAAUAGCAAGUCGUCUAAAGAAAGAGCAGCAGGCCUUGUCCAGGAUCUCCGAUGAAAGCCUGGACAAGAUCCCAGAGGAGGAAGAGGAAAGCCCCGUCUUUAAAGAGCUGCCCGGGGCCAAGGGCACGGAUGAGGCCGUGCUGCCGCUCACAGGAGGCAGCAGCGAGAGGAAUGCGCGCACCUCCAACAGCGAGCUCGCCAACCUGGCCAACGGAGGCACUGUCAUGCCCAACGGCAGAGUUUAUGGUCGCACCCACUCGAUGACCAACGGCUGCCUCAAGUCGCCAGUCUCCAACGGCAGCUUCACCUUCGACGGCCACAUGCGCAGCGACGGCCAGGUGUACCACACCGUACACAAGGACUCGGGUCUGUAUAAAGACCUGCUGCACAAGAUCCACCUGGGCCGCAUGGACGACAACGAGCGGCCGGGCGCCAGCGCGGGCCAGCCCGACAACAACUACCGCCUGCUGCGCCGCAACAACAGCUACACCUGUUACACGGCGGCCAUCUGCGGCAUGCCCGUGCAGCCGCUCAUGCGCACCGAGUCCCGGGACGACAGCGAAAAGUUGGUGGGUGAAAGCGGCGGCGUCCCCAGCAACAGCGUGUCCUACUCCAAGAAGCGGGUGCGCUACGACAGCUACUCGUCGUACUGUAAUGCCGUGGCCGAGGCGGAGAUCGAGGCGGAGGAAGGCGGCGUGGAGAUGAAGCUGGCCACCGAGCUGGAGGGGUUGGAGGAAGAAGGGGGCCCCGCCCCUGAGCCCCUGGAUGACUUAGCUGAGGAGGACCACGAGGAGAAAGACAAGCCUGAGGUCUUCCAGCUUUUCCACUUCCUGCAGAUUCUCACCGCCUGUUUCGGCUCCUUCGCUCACGGAGGCAACGAUGUCAGUAAUGCCAUCGGACCCCUGGUGGCGCUGUGGAUGAUCUACGACCAGGGAGGUGUGAUGCAGGACGCCGCCACUCCCAUCUGGCUGCUGUUUUAUGGCGGCAUAGGCAUCUGCGCGGGCUUGUGGGUGUGGGGUCGCCGGGUCAUCCAGACCAUGGGGAAGGACUUGACUCCUAUCACCCCCUCAAGUGGAUUCACUAUUGAACUGGCGUCCGCGCUCACAGUCGUGUUGGCUUCCAAUAUCGGAAUCCCUGUCAGUACCACACACUGCAAGGUGGGUUCCGUGGUGGCGGUCGGCUGGAUCCGCUCCAAGAAGGCGGUGGACUGGCGCCUCUUCCGGAACAUUUUCCUGGCGUGGUUCGUCACCGUGCCGGUGGCGGGCCUGUUCAGCGCCGCCGUCAUGGCCGUGUUCGUCUACGGCAUCCUGCCCUUCGUGUGACGCGGGGGCGACGUGGCCGGGAGGGAGGAUAACAAAACCACGGAGCGCCCGAGAGUCUUGAUAGUGCAGGAAGACAGGAAUGAAGAAAGGUCGAAGGUGAAGAGAAGGGAUGUGAGGAGGGUUGGUUCACAUGCUGCCUUGGCUCUAUUCAACCCUUCAAUGUUGUGCACUUAAAUCCACGCUACAAAAAAAAAAACAUGGCUGACAUUCACUCGGUGAUUAUUAAUCCAACAUGCCAGAAAGCGACUGUACAUAUUACUAUUAUCAUUAUAUACAGCAACUGUUGUCUUGCUUCAAAGUGUGUGGUCAACCAACCCAUCUCACUUUCUUCUCAUGCUGGCUUGCAAGGUACAAGAGAGGGAAGGCAAGGCGCCUCAGUGAGGGCCGACGAGACUGUCGCUCUACUUUUUAUGUUUCUUUUUACAUCAGACCGUACAAAAACCUGAUUCACUACAGAGUUGAUUUGUUUGUAUGGAUGGCUUGUUUUUAAAUGUUCUAUACCGUAAUCUGUACUGUAAAUAGAGGGUGGAAACCGGGA